UUUUCUACUCCUCUUUACCCUUCUAUCUCUUUGGUCAAAAGAAUGGAUUUCAUUCACAAACCUAAACCACGCACUGUUCGCAUCGGAUGCUACUCAGCAUUUUGGGGUGACUCUCCCGCUGCUGCCCGUCAACUUGUUCAACAUGAGGGCUCCUCUCUAAACUACCUUGUUGCAGACUAUCUGGCAGAGAUCACUGUGGGUAUUCUAGCAUCACGUAGAAAACGCCGUCUGGCCACGAAUUACAAUAAGAAUAAUACUCCUCCACCACCACAACCAAAAGCCACAGACUACAUCGCAGAGUUCAUCGACCUGGUUUUACAUCCUAUCCUCCCCGAUUUAGCAAAAAAUCGAACAAAGGUUGUGACCAAUGCUGGCGGCCUAGACCCCAUUCAGUGCAAACACGCCAUCGAAGCCCUCUUGGUCAAACUCAAUCUCCACACUACCCUGACUGUAGCUGCAGUCAUUGGUGAUGAUGUUCUUCAGCACACCAAUCAUAUCAACAAUCCUUCUUCACGUCCUGACUAUAGUCGUGAUCCUAAUAAUCGUCGCAAUAGUAGCAAAAGUAGUAAUCGAGGACAUGAUCAUAAAGAUCAUCCAUUAACACUACCACCAGCACCAGUCUGUCUUGGGUCUAUACCUAACCUGCAACCCUUUUCAACCAUCUCAUCCACAAACCACACUUUAGACGCCGACCGUAUGCCAGCUCCAGAAGAACCGAUCGUGUCACUAAACGCAUACUUGGGCGCCAGGGCCAUCGCAAGUGCUCUGGAUGCCGGGGCUGACAUUGUCGUCACCGGCCGCGUCGUCGAUUCUGCUCUGGUGGUCGGACCACUGAUCCACGAAUACGGCUGGAACGACGACCAGGAUCCAGAAUACUACGACAGACUUGCCAUGGCUUCUCUGGCAGGCCACAUUAUCGAGUGCGGCUGCCACGCCACGGGCGGGAACUUUACCGACUGGAGACUGGCGGCGCAGUCUGCGUUUGGCGGGUACGCCAACAUGGGAUACCCCAUUGUCGAGUUUGACCAGACCGGAACCUACUUUGUGGUCACAAAGCCUCUCCAGACCGGAGGCCUCGUCACUCCUGCCACGGUGGCCGAACAGAUUCUCUACGAGAUCCUUGAUCCUGCACUCUAUCUCUUGCCCGACGUUAUCCUGGACAUGCGCCAGGUCACGGUGUCGCAGGUCAGGCCGGACCGAGUGCUUGUCAAGGGGGCCAAGGGAAGCCGGCCCACUCCAUGGCUCAAGUGCUCGGGUAUCUUUGUCGACGGCUGGAAAAUCAGUGCCGAGCUGGUCGUGGCCGGCCAUGAGGCCAGCCAAAAGGCACUCGCGGUCGGCCAGGCCAUCCAGCAAAGAUCCCAAGCUCUGUUUAAACAAUUGGGUCUAGCUGACUUUCGAGACCUUAACAUCGAAGCACUCGGAAGUGAGCAUCUUUUUGGAGCCAAUAAGACUACAAAUCCAAGCAGAGAAAUCAUACUGAGAUUGACAGCCCACCAUGACAAUCCCAAGGCACUUGAAGUAUUUGCCAUGGAAAUAAGCCCAGCGGCUACUUGUAUGGCCCCUGGUAUUACUGGUGCGGCUGGAAGUCGACCAAAGUCUGUUCCGAACCUCGUGCACUUUCCUUGUCUGAUUCCAAAAACUUCUAUCGAGACCAGUUUCGUGGUCGGCAAAAAAUCUACUUCUACUGCUGAUACGGUUGCCAUUCAACAAUCGGCAGCAGCAGUGGUAGUGCCCUGGGGUGCUUGGGAUGAAACCCAAUCAUUUGCAACUCCACUUGUGGUACCUGUCAUUCCAGAACCAUCUACCAUUUCAGAGACCAUGGUUAAAGUAAAGCUGAUUGAUGUAGCCUAUGGGCGGAGUGGAGAUAAAGGAGACGUGUGCAAUAUCGGUAUCAUUGCAAGGGAUCCAAAAUACUUGCCUUUCAUCAAACGUUCGGUGACAGAAGAAGUAAUAAGAGAGUAUAUGAAACAUCUUUGUAAAGGAUCUGUCACCCGAUUUGAGCUACCCGGACUCAAUGCAUUAAACUUUGUACUCACCAAAGCUCUAGGUGGUGGUGGCCUUUGCUCUCUCUCUAUUGAUCGCCAAGGCAAGACUUAUGCUCAGUUGGUUCUUUCUGGCCUUGACGUAGAAUUACCCCUUUCAAUGGUGAUUGUACCAAAUGAAUCCAGAUUGUAAACCAACAGUAUCGUAACUCAUUUUAUUUUUUUUGGAAAUAAAAAAUGGGAUCCUCCAAUGAAAUGUC